CUACCGAAGAACGCUCGCAGUUAACCCCACCGGCGGUGACCCGACUCGACCUCCAAACCAAAACUCUCAGUCCUCUAACCAUUUUGGCGGAGCACCGGACUCCGGAACUCGAAAGCUUCGGAUCUGUGCAAAAUGCCUUUCUGGCAGAAGAGCGGCGCGUCAGCGUCGUCAUCAACGGCGACGAACUCGCCAACGACGCUGAACCGGGAUCGGAAUCACGUGAGCGGUCACGUGAGCCAGGGCUCGGUCUCUUCGGUGGCGAAAUCGCUGCUGCCCACUAGGAGAAGGUUGAAGCUUGAUCCGCCGAAUAAGCUCUAUUUCCCUUAUGAACCUGGCAAGCAGGUCAGAAGUGCAAUCAGGAUAAAGAAUACUAGUAAAUCUCAUGUAGCAUUCAAGUUUCAAACAACUGCACCAAAAAGUUGCUUCAUGCGCCCUCCUGGUGCUGUACUUGCUCCUGGUGAAAGCAUCAUAGCAACUGUCUUCAAAUUUGUGGAGCAUCCAGAGAACAAUGAGAAGCCAACGGAUCAAAAGUGCAAGGUUAAGUUUAAGAUUAUGAGUUUGAAGGUGAAAGGACCUAUGGAAUAUGUACCAGAAAUGUUUGACGAGCAAAAGGAUCAGAUUUCAGUUGAGCAAAUUCUUAGGGUUGUAUUCUUGGAUAUUCAACGCCCAUCUCCUCAAUUGGAGAAAUUGAAGCGCCAACUUGCUGAAGCUGAAGCAGCGCUUGAAUCACGUAAGAAGCCUGCUGAGGACACUGGUCCCCAAAUUGUUGGUGAAGGUCUCGUCAUCGAUGAAUGGAAAGAACGGAGAGAAAGGUACCUUGCCCAGCAGCAAGUUGAAGGAGUUGAUUCUGUGUAAAGUUUGGCUUGCUGUUGUUGUUCUGCUUUAAUGAAAUCAUUUAAUGGUGAAAUGGAUAACUUGGGGAGUAUUUCGAUGGGGGUAAUCUGGAAACAAUAAUGAGCUUUGGUAGUAUUAGCCUUUGAGAUUGUGGUGCUGGAAUUAGGAAUAUAAUACUGCUUGUAGAUAAUGGGAUUUUGUCUAUUAAGAAAUAAAUUAUUUUGACCAUA